ACAGAUGGAAUAAGGGGCUGAGCAAAGCAGAAGGAGAGAGUUCUGAGAUAUGGGAAUAUUUACAGCAGGAGACAACAAGAAGGAAGCAGUACUUCCAGAGGAUUUCUUCCUUGGAUUCAACGUUUGAAGAACUUUUUUUCAAGGAACUUAAAACCAGUUCAGUUCUUAUAAAAGUUUUUUGGCUUCUCAUCAUAAUGAGAUCACUGGCUCUGGGUCUCUUUUGCCUGUUUUGCUGUAAUGCUGUGGAGCCAGAGAGACGUCGGCCCAAACUCAUUACAGCCAAAGGACAAAAUAACACCACAAUCCAAAACAAUACGAUGGAGAAUUCCUGUGAAACCAUGCCGCUGGAUUUCGUCUUUGUCAUUGACAGCUCUAGGAGCAUCCGACCAGAAGACUACGAGAAGGUCAAGACCUUCAUCAUUAAUCUGCUUCAAUUUCUUGAUGUUGGCCACAAUGCAACACGGGUGGGUCUUCUGCAGUAUGGCAGUGUGGUUCAACCCGAGUUCUCCCUUAAUACUUAUUACUCCAAAGCUGAGGUUAAGGAGGCUGUGAGGAAUAUGAGUCAUCUUGCUACAGGGACCAUGACUGGCUUGGCCAUCCAAUACACCAUGGAGGUGGCACUCACUGAAGAACAGGGAGCCAGACCUCUGAGCUUACAGAUUCCACGGAUCGCUAUGAUUGUAACGGAUGGGAGACCUCAAGACACAGUAGAGGAGAUUGCAGCUCAAGCAAAGCAGGCUGGCAUCCAGAUUUUUGCUAUCGGAGUGGGAAGGGUGGAAAUGAAAACUCUGAAGGCCAUAGGCAGUGAGCCCCAUUCUGAACAUGUCCACCUGGUGGCCAAUUUUAGUCAAAUGGAAACCCUAAUCUCAGUGUUCAAGUCCAAACUGUGUGGAGGUUCAGACAUGUGUAAGGUGGUGGACCAUCAGUGCCAGCAUAUCUGUGUGAACAGUCCUGCCUCCUACAGGUGUAAGUGCAGGAAAGGCUUCACUCUCAACCCCGAUGGAAAGACAUGUAAAGCCGUCGAUACGUGUGCUGUGGUGGAUCAUGGCUGUGAUCACAUCUGUGUUAACGUGGCUGAAGGCUAUGAGUGUCGCUGCCGUCCAGGAUACGAACUCACCAUAGACCUGAAGACAUGCAACAGAAUAGAUCACUGUGACCUGGGAAUCCACGGCUGUGAGCAUAACUGUGUCAGCUUACCAGGCUCCUACAUCUGCAGCUGCAUGAAAGGCUACGUCCUGAAUUCAGAUGGCAAGACUUGUAGCCAGAUAGAUCACUGUGCUAAUGGCAGCCAUGGGUGUGAACAGGAGUUUAUGAACACAGGGACUUCCUGUGUAUGUAAAUGCAGAGACGGCUACACACUCAGACCAGACGGGAAAACCUGUAAAAAGGUGGAUCCCUGCGCUGAUGGCACCCACGGGUGUGAACAGGAGUUUGUGAGCACUGAAGACUCCUGUGUGUGUCGAUGCAGGAAAGGCUUCACACUCAGACCAGAUGGGAAAACCUGUCAAAAGGUGGAUCCCUGCGCUGAUGGCACCCACGGGUGUGAACAGGAGUUUGUGAGCACUGAAGACUCCUGUGUGUGUCGAUGCAGGAAAGGCUUCACACUCAGACCAGAUGGGAAAACCUGUCAAAAGGUGGAUCCCUGCGCUGAUGGCACCCACGGGUGUGAGCAGGAGUUUGUGAGCACUGAAGACUCCUGUGUGUGUCGAUGCAGGAAAGGCUUCACACUCAGACCAGAUGGGAAAACCUGUGAAAGUUCAGACAUGUGUAAGGUGGUGGACCAUCAGUGCCAGCAUAUCUGUGUGAACAGUCCUGCCUCCUACAGGUGUAAGUGCAGGAAAGGCUUCACUCUCAACCCCGAUGGAAAGACAUGUAAAGCCGUCGAUACGUGUGCUGUGGUGGAUCAUGGCUGUGAUCACAUCUGUGUUAACGUGGCUGAAGGCUAUGAGUGUCGCUGCCGUCCAGGAUACGAGCUCACCAUAGACCUGAAGACAUGCAACAGAAUAGAUCACUGUGACCUGGGAAUCCACGGCUGUGAGCAUAACUGUGUCAGCUUACCAGGCUCCUACAUCUGCAGCUGCAUGAAAGGCUACGUCCUAAAUUCAGAUGGCAAGACUUGUAGCCAGAUCAAUCACUGUGCUAAUGGCAGCCAUGGGUGUGAACAGGAGUUUAUGAGCACAGCAACUUCCUGUGUGUGUAAAUGCAGAGACGGCUACACACUCAGACCAGACGGGAAAACCUGUAAAAAGAUUGACCAUUGUGCUGAUGGGAAUCAUGGCUGUGAGCAGGAGUUCAUAAAUACUGAAGAUUCAUGUGUUUGUAAAUGCAGAGAAGGAUACACACUGAAGGCUGAUGGAAAGACGUGUCAGAGUGUGGAUCUGUGUCAGACUCUGGACCAUGGCUGUGAACAUCUGUGUGUCAGCACCACUGCCUCUUAUAUCUGCAAAUGUUAUGAGGGAUUCCUGCUGGCUGGAGAUGGAAAGAGCUGUGAAAAACCAGGGUGUCUCGAUGGAGUCAUGGAUUUAGUGUUUGUGAUCGACGGCUCCAAGAGCCUGGGCCCGGCUAACUUUGAGCUGGUUAAACAGUUCGUAAACAGCAUCGUGGACUCCCUGAACAUCUCCAGGACGGGCACUCACGUAGGACUUAUUCAGUUCUCCACUAAGGUGCGCACAGAGUUCACUUUGAAUCGGCACACCACGGGACAGGACAUCAAGCGGGCCGUGAACCAGAUGCAGUACAUGGGGAGGGGCUCCAUGACCGGCUCAGCUCUGCGUCACAUGUUUCAGUUCAGCUUUUCAGAGAAAGAAGGCGGCAGGUCCAACAUCCCACGAGUGUGUGUGGUGUUCACCGAUGGGAGGUCACAGGAUGAUGUUUCUGAGUGGGCCAGCAAAGCAAAGAACUCUGGGGUCACAAUCUACGCGUUGGGCGUUGGGAAAGCCAUUGAACAGGAGCUGAGAGAAAUAGCAUCAGAACCUUCUGAGAUGCACCUGUAUUAUGCAGAGGAUUUUAAGAAAAUGGGAGAAAUUACACAGAAACUGAAGUCAAGGAUAUGUAAAGACAGACCAGCAGAUGAGAACAUGUGUCGAUGUGAGAACAUAAUCCUGUUUCAGAACCAAGUCACAGAGCAGCUGAAGAACCUGGCUCAGAGUAUUGAAGCAUUGUCAAAGAAGCUGGAGACUCUGGAGAAUCAAGUCGUGCGUAAAUAAAAGGCAUUCAGACCUUCAGGAUCCCUGUCAGCCUGGACUGUUAAUUCUAUUUAUCAUUUUAAAGGACAGUUUAAAGCUUCCAUUUUAUCCAUUAAGUGUUUGAAAUGUAUCCAAGCAUGCCUGUAAUUUCAUCUGUGGGUUGUAAUAAUAAACAGCUUAUCUUCAUGGAGCAGGUCUCUUCCAAUGUAACGAUAUAUUUGGACAAAUAUUUUAGAUUAAAUCACGUUAAUUUUGUGCUGCUACUGACCGCCGUUUUAUGGCAAGGAUUCCAGAUGUUUUACCAGAUACACAGGAAACUUCAUCGUACUGGACAAAGCUCAGACGCAUUGUAUAACAUUCCUUGAUUUUCAUAGAGAAAAUCAUUAUUGUUGCAAACAAAGAUUUAGUUUAUUCCCCCACAUUUUAUUUGUUCAGCUUUGAAUUAUGUUUUCAUAUAUUUGUUUUCAAGUUUAUUUUCAUAUUUCAGUUUUUUAGAUGGAGUUUUAUGAAUUGCUUUUUUUCUAAUUGCAUUUCACAGAUCACAUUCUCUUUACUGCAAGCCAAACACAAACAUUGUGGUCCCUAACAUCCAUGCAAAUUAUUAGAAAUGCGUCUUCAAUCCUCACCUCAGAAGAAAGCUAGAAGUGAAGGGAACAUUAACUAUAAAACUCAAUAUGAAAAGAUUACAAUUUGUAAACUUCAAUUUAAAAAAAUCAUUUAGAUAGAUAACAGAAAAUAU